GCCGACGUCACUUCCGGCUCCUGCCCGCCAUCGGACCCGCUCGACGGACGGCACUGGGGGAUCUCGGAGGCUCGGAAACAUGGCUUCCCUUUCUCUAGCACCUGUGAACAUCUUCAAGGCUGGGGCCGACGAAGAGAGAGCGGAGACAGCCCGUCUGUCUUCCUUCAUCGGGGCCAUCGCCAUUGGAGACCUGGUCAAAAGUACCCUGGGACCUAAAGGAAUGGACAAGAUCCUCCUGAGCAGCGGAAGGGAAGCUUCCCUCAUGGUGACCAAUGACGGGGCCACCAUUUUGAAGUCUAUUGGCGUCGACAACCCAGCGGCGAAAGUUUUGGUCGAUAUGUCAAGAGUCCAGGAUGAUGAAGUCGGUGAUGGAACUACGUCUGUAACGGUUUUGGCAGCUGAGUUAUUAAGGGAGGCGGAAUCCCUGGUUGCCAAGAAGAUUCAUCCCCAGACCAUCAUUGCCGGUUGGAGAGAAGCCACAAAAGCAGCCCGAGAGGCUCUGUUGAAUGCUACAGUGGAUCACGGCAACGAUGAAGCUAAAUUCCGGGAGGAUUUGAUGAACAUUGCGAGCACCACACUCUCCUCAAAGCUGCUGACCCAUCACAAAGACCACUUCACUAAGCUGGCCGUAGAAGCCGUGCUCAGGCUGAAAGGCUCUGGCAACCUAGAAGCCAUCCACGUUAUCAAGAAACUCGGAGGGAGCCUGGCAGAUUCCUAUUUAGACGAAGGCUUCCUGUUAGAUAAAAAAAUUGGAGUGAAUCAACCGAAACGAGUCGAAAAUGCGAAGAUUCUCAUUGCCAACACUGGCAUGGACACGGACAAAAUAAAGAUAUUCGGUUCCCGAGUCAGGGUGGACUCCACAGCCAAAGUGGCAGAAAUAGAACAAGCGGAAAAGGAAAAAAUGAAGGAGAAAGUGGAGCGCAUUCUGAAGCACGGAAUAAACUGCUUUAUUAACAGGCAGUUGAUUUACAACUACCCCGAACAACUGUUCGGUGCCGCGGGCGUCAUGGCUAUCGAACACGCAGACUUCGCCGGCGUGGAGCGCCUAGCUCUCGUGACAGGUGGUGAAAUCGCCUCCACCUUUGACCACCCAGAGCUGGUAAAGCUCGGGAGCUGCAAGCUCAUCGAAGAAGUCAUGAUUGGAGAAGACAAACUCAUCCACUUCUCCGGAGUGGCACUAGGCGAGGCGUGCACCAUCGUCCUCCGCGGGGCCACCCAGCAGAUCCUGGACGAAGCGGAGCGAUCCCUGCACGACGCCCUCUGCGUCCUGGCCCAGACCGUGAAGGAUUCCCGGACGGUUUACGGAGGCGGGUGUUCGGAGAUGCUGAUGGCCCAUGCCGUCACCGAGCUUGCCAACAGAACACCGGGCAAGGAGGCCGUGGCGAUGGAGUCGUUUGCGAAGGCGUUGAGAAUGCUCCCAACCAUCAUCGCUGACAACGCCGGCUACGACAGUGCAGACCUGGUGGCUCAGCUCCGAGCUGCCCACAGCGAGAAUAAGACAACGUAUGGACUUGAUAUGAAGGAGGGAACAAUUGGAGACAUGGCCACCCUGGGCAUAACUGAGAGCUUCCAAGUGAAGAGACAAGUUCUCCUGAGCGCGGCCGAAGCAGCCGAAGUGAUUCUCCGCGUAGACAACAUUAUUAAAGCCGCCCCCAGGAAACGCGUCCCAGAUCAUCACCCCUGCUAGGCCAACCCCGGGGGCUCGACGGACGCCGACCCGACCGUCGCCAGGUUGGACGUGAUCCCCCAAGGUGGCCAGGGAGCAGAGCCUUCCUUCAGAACAGCAUUUCCAAGUCGCGGGCGCCGUGCUGAUUUUUUGGUUUGAAAAUGGGUCUAAUUUAUUGCCGUUUCACGAAACCAAUUGGAGGAAAGGCGUCCGUCAUUAAAACUAGUCAUUCCCAU